CCGAGCAAAGUCCGUUGGUCAACAAUGCGCGAAGUUUUGUUCCGCACACACAGGCGCUUUAAAAUAUGCCUUGGUGUAAACAGGGAGCUACAGACAAGCUUGUCCGAGAGUUUUUACGCACUGGAUCCACUGCAAGGAACAAGAUGAUGAAAAACUGGGGUAUGAUUGGUGGAAUAGCUGCUGCCAUGGCAGCUGGAGUUUAUGUCUUAUGGGGACCAAUUUCAGAUAGGAAAAAGAAAAGAAAAGGUAUGGUUCCUGGUCUGCUUAAUCUGGGGAACACAUGUUUUAUGAACUCACUUCUUCAGGGUCUGGCUGCAUGUCCUUCCUUCAUCAGAUGGCUUGAAGACUUUACGAACGAAAGCAGCAUUGAUCCAGAGAAAACAGAAAGAGACACUCAGCUGUCCAGAUCUCUGAUGCAGUUACUUAAUGCGCUGUCGAGUCAUGAUCCAGGAGAAGAUGAUGUUUUAGAUGCAGGGUGCCUUUUAGAAGCACUCAGACUUUACAGAUGGCACAUCAGCUCCUUUGAAGAACAGGAUGCUCAUGAGCUCUUCCAUGUACUAACAUCCUCAUUGGAAGAGGAGCGGGUAUGCCAACCCAGAGUCACUCACCUGUUUGACAUGCAAACACUGGAGAAAUCUGUGGAGUCUAAAGAAAAAAACAUAAGCUGCAGAAGUGGAGGCCCACUGCAUCCAAUUCCAAGUUUAUGGAGGACUCGGCACCCUUUUCAUGGGCGAUUAACAAGUUAUAUGGCUUGUAAGCGCUGUGAGCAGCAGAGUCCUGUGCAUUAUGAUUCUUUUGACAGCUUGUCUCUGUCCAUCCCUUCAGUUCAGUGGGGUCGACCUGUUACUUUGGACCAGUGUUUGCAGCAUUUUAUUUCUUCUGAAACUAUUAAAGAGGUGGAGUGUGAAAAUUGUACCAAGAAACAAGCUGGAGAAGUUAUGAAUGAAGAGGUUUUCCAGAGUCAGAGGACAGCGUUUGUUAAGCAGUUGAAACUCGGAAAGUUGCCUCAGUGCCUCUGCAUCCACCUGCAGAGACUAACCUGGUCUAAAGAGGGCACUCCAAUAAAAAGACAAGAACAUGUUCAGUUCACAGAGUAUUUGUCUAUGGAUCGAUACAAGCACUGUACGGCUGGUCAGAACCUUCAGAGGUCUAACAGAACAAAUAAGCCCAUAUCUGCUAAAUCUAUUGGAGAGUCAAAAGACAAACCCAUUGCCAAUGGUGUUGAUCCAGAACACUGUAACAACAACAAGUCACUAUCCAAUGGAACCUUUCCUUCUGUCUUUCUUCACCCUUCAGGACUAAAAUCACACCUCAACCUCACUUAUGACUACAGCGCUUCUGAGUAUCUCUUCCGGUUGACAGCCGUCCUGGUUCACCACGGUGACAUGCACUCUGGACAUUUUAUCACCUACCGCCGCUGUCCCGCCGCUCCCCGUGGUGCUUCUCCGUUCAGCUCCCAGUGGCUGUGGGUGUCGGAUGAUUCAGUAAGGAAAGCAAGCCUGCAGGAGGCGCUCUCCUCCAGUGCAUAUUUGCUUUUUUACGAACGAGUGAAAAGGCCCGGCCUAAAGGUGGAGGAGUAGCAUGUCUUCUGGCCUUCUGGGUUCUUCCUGAUUAUUAUACAGUAGUGUGCUCUUUCCUCUCCAUUCCAGGCCAUGAGUGCAAUUCAUGCCGUGCAUGCAGUUUGGUGUGCAUUUCUGAGCAUGUUGUUUCUGAAGUCACUCUGUGGAAAAAAUAGGAGAGGAGAAGGGUAUGGACUCCGUCGUUGCAACAUCUUAAUCUUGCUCAGUGUCUGUGGAGUUCGUUUUCCUAGAACACUGUUCUUGCUUUGUGCAGCAGGUGCAUUACAACAUCAUUGUCUGAGCAUAGAAGUAUUGCCGGUCAGGGUUUUAAGCUAACACUGGUGUGGGAGUCACACAUGGGUUUAAUCCUGUUUGUCAGCAAAAACUGUUAAGUAGCAAAUUGUCGCAGGUUUGUCGCCUUGCACAUUUACGCUUAUUUUACAUUUAUUUUCAUUCAUUUUUUAUAAUUAAUAAAUUAAUAUUUCUUUGUAUGUUUAAAUUUCUCUCAGCAACUGACAUGCCUUUGUAACGUGUCCACUUAACUACUUUGGUUAUACUUUUUUAUAACAUAACACAAGUCAUGGGAUUUUCCUUCUCAGAUGUUAUAGAUCUAUAUUCUUCAUAAAUCCUUUUCGAGUCUUAUGCCAAUUUAGCUUUAAAAACUUUUAAACCUCGCAGGAAAAUGGUACAACUGUUACUUUAAGCCUUUGGUCCAGAUGUUGUUUACUUGAUCAGACGAUCCUCAGAAAUUACCCAUUAGUUUUUUUGCUGGCAUACAUUUUACUGUCACUCCGAGAUACUAUCGGUCAUCCGUUGAUUGUACAUGAUGCUUUUUGCACAACAGUAUAUUUUUUAUGAUAUUCCUGUGUAUGAUUGUAUGAAUGAACGUUUUUCAUGUGUAAAUUAAAGAAAAUAAAUCUGCAA